CACACACACUCCGAGACUCAAUUACUGCCCAAUUCCCUUCUUUAUCAUCUGUUACCGACCUCUUUCAUAACGAAAUCGAACGGGGAAAAGAGGAGCGGAGGUCCCUCGGAAGUGUUGCUCGAACUAAAUUCACGUUGGGAUUAAAGUGAAGUGUCGAAACUAAAAAGGUGUUACAGCAGUAAUGUCAAAGAGCUGAAGACAUCUCUAACAAUAUGGAGUCUGGAGAGCGGCUGGCCUCCCCUGCGCCCACCCUGUCUGCUGCUCGCACCUCCUCCCCUGCGGCCUCCUCCUCUUCCUCUUCCUCCUCUUCGUCAUCCCCUGCUCCCCACUCUAAGAACAGCCUUGCCCCCAGCCCCGCAGCACUUGGAUCCACCCUUAGCACCUCUGGCCGUUUGUUCGGUGCAGCGGGAGAGCAGCCCUUCAUUGGCUCCACGUUGUCAAGUGCCUUCCCUCUGGUCAACCACCCAGCCUUCGGAGCCCUCUACACUGCUGGAGCCGGCAGGCCUGAGUUUGGAGGACUGGGCUCCCUGGGCAUGUCUGCUGCUCUGGCAGCCCACCCUCAGCUAGGAGCGAUCUCUGAGUGGUGGCGGGCUGCAGAAGCCCACGGGCGAGGAGCUGCUGCCUUUCUCCCUCCUUUCCUUGGCUUUCCUCCAUUCUUCACCCCUCACAUUCAGCCCAACCACAGCGCCAGCACACUCCAGAGCAGGACCCCCAGCAAGAACAGCCGUGCCCCUGCUAAAGGGGUGAACGGGGCAGUGAACGGAAGUGGGGUCUCUUCACCUACCACACAAGCAGGGAGCUUCUCUGUGAGUCCAGCCCCAAUUCAGACGUCCCCCAAGCCAGCUAAGAAUUCGGAUUCCUCUUACAGCCAGCGUAGUAGCCCCCACAACGACCCAGCUGCAGUGGUGGAGAAGCAGUCCCACAAGCCUAGAGACAAGAAGCCUCGUAAGAAGCCAACCGACACCUCCAGGGUGAGCAACAGUGAAUCGGGCACAUCCUCAGACAGCUCAAGCGAUGGAUCCCUCAGCAGUGACCUUGAGGACCUUCCCGAAGAUGAUGAUGAGGAUGACGACGACGACGAUGAUGAUGACGAUGAAGAGGACAAGCAGAGUGAGGUGUCAGAUUCUGAGAAGGAGAAGCGGGCAAAGAAAAAGACAAAGGUUGUCAUAGCAGGCCCUGGAACUGGAAAGGCUGACAGACACCAUCCUGACGCCCCCACACUACAGCCCCACAACAUCACCUCCAAUCCUCCUACCUUAGUGCCCUUACCCUGCUCUCCCUCACCCCCAGCGCUCUCCCAGACGUUGUCCCUGGCCAUACAAAGCUCCAGGCCCUGGGCUGAGGGGCCACAGCAGCACUUCAGUGUCAUCCAAUCCACAGGCCUGGCUGCCAGCUCAAAGCCCCUGGCCCUCCUCACUCAACCCCGAAGGGACUCUUCGCCCUGCACCUCUCCCAUAGCCCUCACCACAUCCCCAAAGGCAGUUUCCAGCUCCGCCUCUCCUAAACCGCCCAAACUGUUGCCCUCUUCCUCUCCCCAGCACCUGCCCCUCUCCCUCUGCACCUCCCCAAAGCCUCUCUCUGUACCCUCUCCACCUUGCUCGGCUCUCCCUCUGUCUACUUCCCCCAAAACUUUUGUAUUGACUUCACCUGUAACUAGCUCCCAGAAGACUUCUCUGAAGCCACCUCAGCACGCUGCACCCGGAGGUGUCAAAGGCCACAAGCGGAAACUACUGGAAGCCUCACUUGCUCAGAUCAAUGAGUUUAGGCUCAAACAGUCUCUUCUGUCCCAAGGGCAGACAUUCCCAGCUGAUCUGAAGAAGCAGCAGCAGGGGCCAGACAAGUCCCCCAAGAGGACAUCUGUGUCUUCAUCUCCACUGCCCCCUGUCCCCCCUCCACCCCAGAACAAUCACUCCAACCUCUUCCUCUCCAGUGCCCUACUAGGGCUACCUGAACCCCACCACCCUAACGGAGUCAUCCAAAGCACCACUCAGGACGCCCCUCUGGCCCUCAUCACCAAACCUCGCAAAGACUCUGCCUCACAGGGCAAGCCGCCUCAGUGUGACUCUGAUGCUGGGUCAAUGCCUGUCAACUUGAGCACAGGGGGCAGUAGGACCCAAGCAGGCCCCCAGGUAGGGCCUGGAUUGCGGCCCCCUACUACCUCACCUCACACCACUGGCCAUGGAUCCAGAAAAAACAAGACACCCAAGGUAAAGGGACAGACACUAGGAGUAGGGUUAGGACAGGGACAGGCGGACCCCUUAGCUGCCUGGAAGGGCUUCUCUCAAAACCAUCUGGUGCAGUCGUUGGUGGAUUUAUUUCGGGGAGGGGAGUCUGGGAUUGGUAUCCCCGGAGUCAGUAUCCCUGGGGUUGGUAUACCCGGGGUCGGGAUUCCUGGGAUUUGUAUCCCCACAGCCGGUCUCCCUGCCAACAAGGAAUCCGAUGAUUCAGGGGAUGAGGAUGAAGAUGAAGAUGAUGACCUUGAGGAUGAGGAGGAUGAAGAGGACUCUGAUGAUAGCCUGUCAGAGUCUGACAGUAAUUCGGACAGCGACAUAUCUGGGAAAAAAGCGAAGGAGGUAAAGCUGCCGGCAUCGGGCUCCUCUUCCAAGAAGGAGAAGUCUCCUCUCAGGCUAACCAAAGGCCCACAACUACUGAGCACCUCAACCAACCACACAGCCACCAGCUGCAGCCCCCUCAACCUGCAGGUCAUCAAGACCCCCACCAUCGUCACCAGCUCCAGUGCCUUGGCCUAUCACAGUUCUCCUUCCUCCUCCUAUGCCUUGCCCACUCCUCCAGGCUUAGGGAAGAGAAAGAGGGUGAUGGAUGAGAAGGAGUUGAUGAUACCUCUGGAGUUGGGGUGGCAGAGAGAAACACGGCUCAAAACGGUGGCUGGGCGGCCCCAAGGCGAGGUGGCGUACUACGCCCCAUGCGGCAAGAGGCUACGGCAGUACCCGGACGUGAUGAAGUAUCUAUCCAGAAAUGGAAUAAGUGGCAUCACGCGUGGUAAUUUUAGCUUCAGUGCAAAGAUAAGGGUUGGUGACUUCUAUGAAGCCAGAGAAGGACCCCAGGGCUUACAGUGGACUCUGUUGAAAGAGGAGGAGGUCAUUCCUCGGAUCGUGGCCAUGGAGGGUCGGCGGGGUCGUCCCCCUAACUCAGAGCGGAAGCAGGGGGGUGAAGGUGGCAAAGGUAACCGGCGAAGGAAGGGGCGACCCCCCAACGUUGGUGACCCUGCGGCCCCCGAGGGCCCCAGUCCCAGCGAGGUCAAACUUCUGCGCAAACUGGAGGCACAAGAGAUAGCCCGACAGGCUGCUCAGAUGAAGCUCAUGAGGAAAUUGGAAAAGCAGGCACUAGCUCGGGCAGCCAAAGAGGCCCGGAAACAACAAGCAAUCAUGGCGGCGGAGGAGAGGAGGAAACAAAAAGAACAGAUCAAGAUUCUUAAGCAGCAGGAGAAGAUCAAGCGUAUUCAGCAGAUUCGGAUGGAGAAGGAGCUCAGGGCGCAGCAAAUUUUGGAGGCAAAACGGAGGAAGAAGGAAGAGGCUGCCAAUGCCAAAAUAUUGGAGGCUGAAAAACGUAUAAAGGAGAAAGAGAUUAGAAGACAGCAGGCAGAGAUUCUCAAACACCAGGAGAGGGAGAGGAGGAGGCAGCAUGUUAUGCUGAUGAAGGCUGUUGAGGCUCGCAAGAAAGCAGAGGAGCGCGAACGCUUGAGGCAGGAGAAGAGGGACGAGAAGCGUCUGAACAAGGAGCGCAAGCUGGAGCAGCGGAGGCUGGAGCUGGAGAUAGCCAGGGAGCUGAAGAAGCCAAAUGAAGACAUGUGUCUCUCUGAUCACCAGCCUCUCCCGGAGUUCUCCCGUAUCCCAGGGCUGAUCCUGCCAGGCCGAGCAGUGUCCAACUGCUUGAUGCUGAUGCAGUUCCUGCGGGGCUUUGGCAAAGUGCUGGGACUGGAUGUGAAUGUGGACGUGCCCACCCUGGGCAUGCUACAGGAGGGCCUGCUCAAUGUGGGGGACAGCAUGGGCCAUGUCCAAGACCUUCUGGUCAGAAUGCUGUCUCUGGCUGUGUGUGACCCCGGCUUGCCGCCAGGACAGAAGACAAAGACCAUGCUUGGGGACCACAUAUCCAGCGUUGGCAUAAACAGGGACAAUGUGUCUGAGGUGCUACAGAUGUACAUGGGGGCUCAUUGUGCUAACACAGACCUGGCCCCUCUGGCUCUCAGUCUGAAGACCAAGGCCUUCCAGGCCCACACACCUGCCCAGAAGGCCUCCAUCUUGGGCUUCCUGGCUAACGAGCUAGCCUGCAGCAGGGCCAUCAUCAGUGAAAUUGACAAAAGUCUGGAUCAGAUGGCGAACAUGAGGAAGGACAAGAUCAUUAUGGAGGGAAAACUCAAGAAGUUAAAGACCAUUCACGCCAAGCGGACAGGAAAGCGGGAGACCAGUAUGGGCACUGAGGAGAACCAUUCUCUCGGCACUCCUUCAUCUGCCCUCAAGCGCAAGAGGAAAGCGGGUGGAGACAGUGAGGAGGAGGAGGAGGAGGAGGAGGACAGUGAUGACCAGGCAGAGGAAGAGGAUGAGGAAGAGGAAGAAGAAAUAAAGAAGGCGAAAAAGAAUGAAACAUGUGAUGAGGAUGAAGGAGACCAGUCUACCAGUGUGGAGGAGCUGGAGAAACAGAUAGAGAAAUUAGCCAAGCAACACCACCAGAUCAGAAGGAAGCUGUUUGAGGCAUCCCAUUCUCUUCGCUCGAUGAUGUACGGUCAAGACCGGUACCGACGCCGGUAUUGGGUGUUACCCCACUGUGGAGGCGUCUUCAUUGAAGCCAUGGAGAGUGGAGAAGCUCCUGAGGAACUGGAAGAAGAGAGACAGAGGAGAAGGAGAUUGGCAGAGGAGGUCAAGGUCAAAGAGGAACCUCAGGAGGUGGAGGUGCAGAAGGAGAACCCUGAUGGGCAUAGCACACAUAUACAAGGCUUGAAGCCACAGAAAAAGGAGGAGAAAGAGCAUGAGGAGAAGGAAAAAUCUACUCUCCUCUGCCAGCAGACAGGCUGCGUUUCCAAAUUGUGCACACUCUGGGACAUCUCCAACGAAGCUCUCAAAGGAACGCCAAAGGCAGAGGAUAAGGAAAGCUCCCACCUGAGACAAAUUGGCAGCCCCAGAUCCACAUCCAUUGGUGUGCCCACAGUCGCAUCAUCUUCACCUACCCACAAUAUCUCUGAGCCAGCAUUAGCCAUGACCCCUUCUAUGGUGACGAAUGUCCCUCCACUGACCUCAACCUCUUCCUCUAUCCUUUGUCCGCCAGCCCCACGAGAAAGCCCAGAGAACACUCCCCCCACUGCAUCCCCGGCUCCUUCACCUCAAGUCCCAUUUCAAGCCAACGACCAGCUUCUUAGGGUCCUGACCGAGAGGAGUGGACACUGGUUCAGUCUGUUGCCCCGCACCCCCUGUGACCUGUCCUCUCUCACCACCUCUCCCCCUAGAGCUCCACGUGGUUCUCCACUCUCUUCCUCCACCCCAGCCAGGCCUAGGUCCCCGCCUCCAUCCCCGGCCCUGCCUCUAACACCCUCUGCUGCCUCAGCCUCUGGUAGUCCUCACCAUCUACCUGGCUUCCUCAGCUACCCACUGUCUGCCCUACAGACUAAGUCAGGCAGUUCAUUGCUGGGGGUUCAGUUUGGUGGCUGGCCUAGUGGCAUGAUGAGUCCCAGCCUGCCACUCUGCAACAGCCCAAGCCCCAUGCCAGGUCACUCUCUGGAGGGCACCACAGCAGCCAGUGUCUCCAGUAAGAGUGAGUCCCCCCUGCCCCGCAUUGAGAAAACCCCAUCUGUGCCCUCUCCUGCCUUGGAGAUGCCGAAAUGCCUGGACCAUCCCACACCCCGGCCCAUCCCCGAGGAGAUGUUAACGGGUUGGUGGCGUGUGUCUGACAUAGAGGAGCUGAGGGCCCUGGUCAACACGCUCCAUAGCAGGGGCAUCAGAGAGAAGGGCCUCCAGAGACAAAUGCAGAAAUACACGGAGAUCAUUCCCCAGGUCUGCACCAAAUACAGAGAUGUGGCCAUGAUUGAGCUGUGUGAGCUGGAGGAGAGCCAGGUGAGUGUGGAGUCGGUGCGGGGCUGGUGUGUGGAGGAACAGGCCAUGGAGAUGGACAUCGCUGUGCUGCAGCAGGUGGAGGAACUGGAGAGGAAAGUCACCACAGCCAGCCUUCAGGUCAAGGGCUGGACGUAUCCGGACCCUCAGUCAGAGAGGGAGGAUCUGGUGUAUUAUGAGCACAAGCCCCUCACCAAAUCGGCACUACCCGCAGCACACGCAGGAGACAAAGACUCAAGGGAGCAUCAGGAGGACCGUCCGGAGAAGGGCGGGGUGAUGCGUCACCCGGACAAUCCACUGGACAUAGCCGUGACGCGUCUGGCCGACCUGGAGCGCAACAUCGAGAGAAGGUACCUGAGGAGCCCCUUAGGUACCACCAUUCAGAUCAGACUGGAUAAUGUGGGUACGGUCACAGUCCCAGCCCCCGCCCCAUCCACUAGUGCUGACAGGGAAGGGGGAGAGGAGGAGGUGGCUCACGGUAUGAAGGUGUGGAGGAAGGCCCUGAAUGAAGUGCGUAGCGCUGCCCAACUGGCCAUGUGCAUCCAACAACUACAGAAGUCUAUCGCCUGGGAGAGGUCCAUCAUGAAAGUGUACUGCCAGAUAUGCAGGAAGGGAGAUAAUGAGGACCUCCUCCUGCUAUGUGAUGGCUGUGACAAAGGCUGCCACACCUACUGUCACAAACCAAAAAUCACCAGUAUACCCGAGGGAGACUGGUACUGCCCAGCCUGCAUAUCCAAGGCGAGUGGUCCAUCCCCCAAGAGCAAGAAGCCUCCAAGCAAACCUAUAGCUGCUACUGGGGGAGGAGCCGGCGGUAAGAAGGGCGUGGAGAUGAAGAAGAAUGGGAAGCAGGCAGGUAACGGGGAGGUCACGGAAGAAGACUCGGCCAGCACGAGUGGCACACCUAAGAAGGGAGCAAAAGACUCCAGCAAGAAGAGGAAAUCCGAGGAGAGUGUACCUGCCCAACCAACCAUCAAUCCAGAGGGCCCUGUGUGUGUGAAGAGAGCCAAGACAGCUCGAGACAACAACCGGGACCUGGGACUGUGCAGGGUGCUCCUGGCUGAACUGGAGCGGCACCAGGACGCAUGGCCUUUUCUCACUCCAGUUAACCUAAAGUCUGUCCCUGGGUAUAGGAAGGUCAUCAAGAAACCCAUGGACUUCUCUACCAUACGUGAGAAGCUUGUGAGCAGCCAGUAUCAAAACCUGGAGACUUUCAUCAUUGACGUCAACUUGGUAUUUGAUAACUGUGAAAAAUUCAAUGAAGACAAUUCAGAUAUUGGAAGAGCAGGUCACAACAUGAGAAAGUUUUUUGAGAAGCGCUGGACUGAACUUCUGAAACAAACAAACUAGGUGUGUUCAGAUUUCCUCAUAAAAUCCAUUCUACUUUUCACAAUGGAGCAUCAAGUUUGUUUUUUUUUUUCCUCAAGAAAAUGGCUUUGCUGGAUGGAAGAACUCUAUUCCUUAAUAAGGAGCCCAGGGCAUGUUAAGAGAGAGAGAUUUCACCUUGGAAAAAAGUAGCUUACAUGAGGUGAGGCUGGAUUUACUACAACAGGGAAACAAGCCCCAAAGAGUCCCAGAGAAUUGGGGUGUCAUAGUGCAAUACCAUUCCCUGUCUCAGAACACUGCACUGAAUGAAUCCUCAACUGUCACUGUUUCUGUGCUAGAAUACUUUCCACUACUUGUAAAUAUCCUUUUUUUUAUUUAAUCGUAUUAUAGUGAAUGUAUUUAAUUUUGUAAUAAUUAUUUAUGAAUCAAGGUCCACUUCAUUUUCUAUGAAAAGGAAGAAUCAGCUCAACUGCUUUGAAUUGAAAUGGAAUGUGUCUUUGUGUUAUAAUUUUCUCCCAAAUAUGAAACAAAGCCAAGAAAAAAAAAACCCUGUUUACACUGUUCAGUGCUUUGGGGCAUCAAGAACUGUAUUCAUUAUGUUAAAACUGUAAAACUGCAUUUAUUUACAGGAAUGGCAGAGGAACAGUUAGACAAUGGUGAUUUAUGUGUAUAUACUGUUUAUUAAUGUCAAUAUUAUGUCUUGUUUGGAGCGAUGUGUAAAAAUUGUUUAAGAAUAUUAAGAUAUUGUUUAUGCCUUAGAAUGAUUGUAGCAUUCUAUUUUAGUGAACGUGAUGAAAGCAUUAUCAUAAAUAUUGUUUGUACAGUAAAUACAUAUCCUCUGCAAACACUGUGGUAUCCUUAAUCUUGGUAGUGCCUAUCCUUCCAACAGGGGCAUGUAGGGGAUGUUAAUGUUUUUAGUUUGCAUUUUUACGACAUUAUUUUUUAUAUGAUUUCAAUCCAACAAGGCCUCCAAAGUCGGACGGUGACACAGUAGUCAUUCCUUCCCGUGACGCAAAGAAAGGAACGACAAGCAUUCAUGUAUAGGCUUCCACGAUGCAUUUCCUCAUAUCUGCCACAGUACAGAGGACCUAAGGCCAUUCGUAACCACUGUGUUGAACCUUGCUGUGUGUUGUGGCCUGAUGGAGGCAGCUAGAGUUUUUUUGUACCCAAGUCAAGAGUACUUGAAGUUACUUUAUUUAAAAUAUUGUGGAAUAAAAGUAUCAUUCUUUUGUAGGAGCUUUAUUUUUCACUAGUGUGUGGCACGGACCUAUUAAAAGGAUGUUUUUCAACCUAAA